UGUAUUUUGAGCCAGGUGUUUUAUUGAAUAUUCACGUCAUACUCUAGCUGUUGCGACCUACUGGUAAACUACCUUACAAUCUAACGUAUUUCGGUGACUACAGCACACCAAAGAUGAGUCAAUCCGUAGAACUUGAGGUAGGUUUGCCGAGUACUUCAGUUUCAUCGUAAAUAGCUGGUGCAGCCGAUAGUGAUCGAAACGGAAAACGAGACAUAAUUAUCAUUAUACCCUAAUCGAUCAGAUCUUUGAAGAGUUUUACAACAUUUUUAAUACACUUUGAGAGCUUUUAACGUUGAAAAAUUUGUUAGUAGCUUAAAAAUUGUUGAACUUAAGCUAUUUUGAAACUACAACAAAUGCAAACCUGCAAACGUAACCUCUGCAUACUGAUUUCAAGGCCUCAGGCAUAAACAUUCCUAAACAACAUUGCGUGCUCAGUAAAAGAGGCCAAUUGUAGCGAUAUAUUCUGAGUUCCUUCGUUAUAGCAAAUAUUUACACAAGCAUACGAAUUUGAUUGCACAUGCGAACAAUCAUGCGAACUGAUUAUUGAAUAUGUUCGAUAUUCGAUAUUACUAAGAGAGUAAAUAAUGAAAUCAACAAAGACAAAUUCCUGCGGUAAAUGCUUUCUAUGCCACAUAGCUGAAUUCGAUAUUUUGCCGGAUUAAAGUAGGUCACAGUGGACAGCAUUACAGUCCGCAAAAGUAUCAAAUAAACUCAGCUGUAAACAGUGAGCAAUAUUUUUAUACCAUCUUUCCACUGGUGAACAGUUUUUGAUUACUAGUAAAACUCCUCAAAGCCUUGAUUGUCAAUAACUGAAAUAGUAACAAUGUCAGAUGUCAUUUUAAAGAUCAAAAGUUUACUCAUUUGACGGGCCCUAGAGUAGCUUUUUUUUUUUAACAAAAAUGCCAUUAGAGCUUCUUUAGAUGUCUCGGGUUGGAUCCUAAGUGAUUUGAAAAUAGUUAGAAAUGGUCUUCUUAAUUCUUCAUAGCAUCCUGUUGCUUUAUCGGCGAUCUGUUUUGUUGUGUAAAAGCAUAUGGCAACAAUAUGUUGUUUUUAUUUAACUCCCCCGCUGAAUUCAAACAGAGGAAACAGCCAUGCCUUACUAAUCAAACUAAAAAAUCAGCAGAGAAAGUUGAACCUUACUGUGCAUGUGCAUGUCUAGCUACAUGAUUUCAGCCACUUUGGACACAGCCGAGAGGGGACUAGGAACAAUUUAAGGUGGUUUUUGGUUGAAAAUAUUUCCUUCACAAUUAACAUCGAAGCCUCUGUGAAAAGAAAGGUUCUUUGACGAUAGCUAUGAAACUGCUAUAAAUGCACCAGUUUCGGAAUCCCGUAUACAGCCGCCUCCUCAAAAAACUCUCCUCGAUUUUCGUUCUUUUUUCAGGGGAGGGGGUGGUUGUACACAGACUACAGUUUGCAAAGAUUCGCCUGUGUUUCACUAAAAGUAAGACUUUGAAGAUAUCCUCGGGGAAGAAGGGAAGAUUGCAGAAAGGAAAGGGGGAUUGGGGCUUCAAGAAGGGUGACCAAAGGGGGUUAGGGGAAGGGGAAUUGGUUAUGAGAGCUUAUCCCUCCCGUAAACCCUGUUUCCUCAGUAAUCUAUAUCAACGUUGGUGACGAGACUGUAACCGAUUGUUUAUGGCUACAUUCACACACUAUAUGUAAUAGCUAUUCUGGUAUGAACGCCUAUCCGAUAUUUGACUCUCCAUUUAAGAGAUUGGCGCGACGCAGUCCCCCGGGGGGGUACUUCGGUUAUUUUUUUGCUGGGUAUGUGCCGCUCGCAUCUCAGAGCCUCUACCCCAUUUAAUAUAGUCUAUUCUGUGGCCAAUUAUAGACCCCUUCUUAGUCACUUUUGGGCAAAUAUGGAAUUUUCGCAAUCCCAACUUAGUAACUUUCUAUUUAUGUAUCUACCUUAACAAUCCUUCAAAUAGGUCAUCCUAAAGUGAAUUGACCUAUUUUUGAAAUUGAAUGAAGAACACUUUACUUUUCACCUACAGUACAAUCAUUUUGGUAUGUUUGCUAACCGUAACUUGAAGAACUUUCUUACCCCAAAAUCCGAAAAUAUGAGAGCCCAUUGUAGUAACUCCAUUGAAAUUCAACCCCAUUACCCCAUUAUAGUCAACCAAGUCGGGAAAAUGCGACCCCAUCCAGCGGCACAACCCCAUUAGCCUCUUAUAAGGAAUAAGGAAGUACCCCCGGGGCGCAGCCUCGCUCCUUUACUGAAAUCGCGCCUGAAUCAGCGUUCUUAAGUGUGGACAGAUCGAAGCACUAUCCGGUAUGGUCUUCGUGCCGGCGCAAAUUCUCUCCGGUAAAGUGUGAACACAGCCUAAGUCGCCUAAGACGCGCCUUGUUUUAGAGUCAUCAUAUUUUCCCUCGUCAUAGCAUGAAAUAGCCUUUCAGUAUCAACGCAUUUUGAUUCUUCAUUCAUAUAAGGGCUCAAGUGAUGGAGCAAGAAGAAGUGCAUUGAAUAAAGAACUAAUAUCAUGCAUGCCUGAUGGCGUCAAGACCACCUAUGAAGGGUUUCUUCGAAAAGUUAAAAAGGCAGGUAAGAUGCAAACCUCUUGUAGUAGCGGUCCAGCGGGGGGGAGACUCUCGCCCGAAAGGGAUACCUUUGUUUCAGGUAUAUUAAAGGGUAGGAGUUUCUGGACUAGUUGAAGUAUGUUACAGGGUAGGGAAAUCUGUCAUAUCGGUUGCAAAAGGCACAAAGUGUUAACAGAUGCAGUUUAUGGUUGUGAAAAAAAUCGUGACGACCUUCUGACUACAUUCAGCUGGUUUUGAGAUUAAUUAUAUAUUUAGGAUAGUGCAUUUACUGUACAACGUAUGAAAGCGUAGCAGCUUCCGGACUAGCUGAAGUAUGUAACAGGGUACGGAAAUCUGCCAUAUCGGUCUGUAAAAACGCACAAAGUGUUUACAGAUGCAUUUUAUGGCUGUGAAAAAAAAUCGUGAAAACGUUCAUGACUACAAUCUGGUUUUGAGAUUAUUUGUAUUUUUAAGAUAGUACAUUUACCGUACAACAGUUCAAAGCAGUGGCGGCUCCAGACCUUCAUAUAAGGGGGGAGGGGCUGGUCAUCCACACCCUUCGGGCCUCAUUUUGGUCGAAAAAUAAGGGGGGACCCGGGCCCCCAGGGCCCCUCCCCUGGAUCCGCCACUGCAAAGUGAUGCAAAGUUCUAAACUGGGUAUGUGAAAAGGGUACCAUUUGUCAAUAGCAUGUGUUCCAAAGCGGGUACCUUUUCUGCUAGAAAUGCAAUGAUGCAUAAAAGAAAAGGGAUGGGACACCGGGACGGAGCCCCCCCCCCCCCCGCCUCCCUUAGUAAAAUUUGGUUGUGUACACCUCACACCCGGAGAAGUGGGCAACAAUUAUUGUUAACUGGAAGUGUACACGAGACACGAAUGGCUUUUUUUUCGGUCAGGAAUGCUCUUACAGUUUUCUCUGUUGGGGUCCAGUAACGAUAAUUACUGCAAAUAGGCUUCAAAUAGUCAUUAAGUGAGACGGCUCGCGCCUCUUGUAACACGUCUUAGUAUUGGCUGAGAAAACAGUGAAACAAACAAACAAAACAAGCAAUGAGGAGGUUACUGAGAGGUGCGUAGCUACUGCUAAAAGUAACCCAUAUAUUGAAGACACGUGGUAUGGCGUGAUUCUGUGGGUGUUGAGAGUUCUGGGACAGGGCUUAAAAUCAGAGUGCGCGGAUAUUUUUCAUCAGAGCUUUCUCUGGUUGUUGCGCCAUACUGACGAGCCCCAAAAAGGGCUAAACAGCUGUCUAUCGCUACAAUCCCGCUCUGUUUUGAGUUCUUUCGGUGUCGUGUUGAUGUCUUGCAGAAUUGAUUUUCACGUAGUACGAUCAACAUUGCAGUAUUCUGCUUGCAGAAUUUAAUAUUUCUACAUUACUAUUUUUGCUGAUCAGGUCUUUAUAGAUCCUACGUUCUUCGGAAUAUUCGUUUGCGUUCCUUUGCAGUCCUUUGUGGUUAAUGUUUGUAUAGAAAAACACUAAAGAAAAGGCGAGGAAGACAUGCUUGUGCUUAUUUUUAUAGGGCACGCACCGUGCUUAGGAGUAAGAGGUGGACCUGAUAACAAGUACCAGUGGCUUUCGUUUCAAGAGGUAUCUUUAUCCAUUUACGAUUUGAUACUGCAUUAUUCUGACCCCGCCCUCUUUAACUUCAACAUGAGUUUUGCAAUACAACAAAAUACCAUUGAAUACAGUGUAAUGCAGUGCAAUGCAAUGCAAUGAAAUGCAAUACGGUAAAUACAAUACAAUGCAAUACCAUACCAUGCCAUACCAUACCAUACUGUACCAUACUGCACAAAAAAAAUAUAAUAAAAACAAAAUAAAGAAAUGCAAUGCAAUACAACACAAUGCAAUGCAAUACACUGCAAUGCAGUGCAAUGCAAUGCAGUGUAAUACAAUACAACAAUACAAUACAAUGCAAUACAAUACAUUGAAACAUAAUGCAAUACGCUGCAAUAACAGGAGGGCAUUUUGUAUACGCAUGCGUCAAUAUGGGCUGUUGAAGGGCCACAGAGGCAUUUUCCAAUAUUCAUAUAUUUGCAGGCUGUUUUCUGGGGCUGAAUGACGUGUAAUGCUACGUUCAGACAUGUUCUUUAAGGCGUAAUACGAUGAAAAGGUUUAUUUACCUUCGCUGGUUAGACAGUCUUUCCUUUCGUAAAAAAGUGAUCGAAGACAAGAUGGCGGUGGAAUGUUCUUAUCGUAACAUUUGACAUUUUUUGAGCAGGAGGAAAACAGUAUGAUGGUUAAACAAUUAUCCUAUAGAAACAUGGACAAAAUCGAAAUUAAUCGUUUCAGGAAUACAGUGGUAUAGUGUCCAUUCCAGGAAACUGUUUUUCACCCUUUCUCUGGCUUGUUUAUCUCGAAAUCUUGCCUUUCUCCCCAAUUAAAAACGAUUAAAAAAAGUUCGCGAAUGAAUGGCGCUUUGAUGAAGACUGUGAAAAAUCGCCUUCUUUUUUUCUUCUCGGUAUUCGUUGACGCACUUCAACUAUAAAUUUAAAUUAAAAUAAUAACGCCAGUAAGAACUGUUUUGAAAAAUACGAUACAAAGGAAAAAAAAAGGCUUAUUUUGAUGAUACACUGUUUGUUUACAUUUCUCAAAUAAAUAUGACAGGACAUCGAAAUUUAUAAAUACACCGGUUCUAAAUGAUAUCAUUUUGUGGAAUAUUCUAAUUUUAACACAGAACUGAGACCAGCUUCUCCUCUGUGACAAUUCUUGUUUAAUUCCUUGAUAAUUCUUCCAUGAUGUACAACAAACGUCUCAACAGAAACAUUAAUAACAGACAAAUUUAUCCAUCCAUUUGUGCCAUGUUUGUUGUCGUAUGCAGCUCAUUUGGGUCCUUUUAUCUUUUUUGAGAAAACAGCAACCCCUUUAACAAACUUCCUGUCUUAUGUUUAAACAGGCUUUGAAGGUGAACAAAAUCGUCAGAUUUAUGGAGUGAUGGUCAUUCUUUGUUUUAAAUGGAUCACUACUGUCAUCAAAUUUAAAUUAAUAAAAAGAAAUCGAUUGUGGAACGCAGGAGCUGUUACUCAAGAGUCGCUUCAAAAUAGUAGCUUGGGAAAAUCUCUGUAUCUUUUAGAGUGAAAGAAAAAUAAAAAUGCUUUUCGGUACUAUAUAAUCACUUGUAACUGUUGCUGUCUCAAACUCAAUCCAUUCUUCAUUUCCUAUAGAAUAUUUUUUUAUAAAUUUUUCCGCGAAAACUUCCGAAAAACUGUAAAAACCCAUAGAUUUCAUGUUUUUGUGGCAAAUAUAAACGCGCGUCUCCGCGAUCAGUUUAACAUGAGACAUUGCGCUAAUAAAUAAACCUCGCGUGGUAAUUUUUUGUUUCGCUUUUUUGUCUUAAAGCAGCUGAACAUUGCUACGAUGCAUUUCUCCCCUGAUAAGUAAAACCACGAAUUUGGAAAUCAAACCAUAGAAAUACAUUGCUUUGCAAGUGAAAAUCAGACUUAUACAGGAACAUGUCUUUUUGGCGUUGAGUCUUGAAAGUCUUUAAAAGGCCAAGAAAACCUACUGCUGAAAAAUCUACGAGUGAAAACCCGCGUAGAAAACAUCCGAUUUUUGUCAUGGCGAAUAGUUUUUGUAGGAAAGUACGGUAUUCAAAGCACCAACGAAAAGGACUGUAAUUUUACGCGCGAGUUUUCGAUUUCCCGCCAUCAGAUUUGAUGCGCCCACGCUAUUGUCGUUCAGCGGAUUCACGCAUGCGCAUGCAAAAUGCCCUCCUGUUCGCUGCAAUGCAAUCCAAUAUAUAUACGAUGUAUACAGGCUGAUAUAAAAAGUAUGCCUGGCUUUGACAAAACGUACAAUUCAUAUAUUUAGACAAGCGCACCUUUUUUUCAAUGCAACCAACAAUUAUAUGCGAGACGUUCAUUGUCUAGGGAAACAGCAUGGCAUAAACAUGGACAUAAAUUAGGCUAGGUAUACCAGGAAGACUUCCAGCAACAAAAACAAAUAAAGUUCUGUCAUUUUUUUUUUCUCCUCUAUUCCUUGACGCACAUACCGAAGGCGCUCGAGGACAUCUUUAGCCGGUUCGAAUAUUCUUUUAACACAGAACUCUGUACAAUAUUCCGCCACAAACGUUCACAACACAUUCGCUGCAGAUUUAUCUUUUCGGAAAAUACAUUUACUCAAAUCAAAUAUAAGUUAUUUUCAAGAUAAUCUCCUGUAGGACUUAGAGCUGUCUAAUCUCCCCCAGUUUAUAAACCCUACGUCUGAAAUCUCCGUAGGCCUCCGUAGGCGUUACUGUCACUCGGCUGAUGCUCAAGAACAGUGUAACUUGUAUUAACCCAUAACCUAUAGGAAUCUGCAAAAUACAUCUUUGUUUUAAAGCAAGAUUUAGAGGGAGAGUUUUGAGGCUUACGGACGCUCAUGUCAGCUAAUUAAUUCAUGCGGGUUGUCCGGCAUAAAUACGGGGGUUCGCUUGCUAUGGGGGUUAGCUUAUCGUAGGGAGUUACUUGAUACGGAAGUCCGUUUAGUAAUGAUUUACAGGGAACCGCUUAUAAAUACAGCUUUGAUGUACUUUCACUUUCGUAUUAUGUAGGUGCAUGAACGCGCAGCUAAUUUAGGCUCAGGCCUGGUCAAUCUUGGCUGUAAACCGUCUCAAAGUACAUGUAUUGGAAUCUACGGUCCAAACUGUAUCGAGGUAAACAGAAGUAAUUAUUUAUUAUCUUUAAUUUUAUAGCUGAUCGAGAACCCAAUAACAUACAAUAAAAAUGUAAAUCCGAUAUGUCGGUUCUACUUAGAAAUUACGUCAUCUUACGCCAUAUUACGUCACUAAAUAUACGUGAACACCUUUCCGGCGUCAUACUUUAUAUGUGGUAUUAGUCUCAUGCAAAUAGGGAUAUUAGAUCUUGAUUUAACAUAGAAACUUGGGGCCAGUUAUUUAAACGGAGUUUAGCCAGUGUUUAACAAAACCGCGCUCUAAGCCAUUUUCAGUUCGCCGAACUCUUUUAUGUAAACGCCAUUUUUCGUGAACAGUUUCAAGGAAGCAUAUUGCGUUGACUUGAAAAGCAUUUGUCUCCUUAAAAUAACCCACUAAGGAAGAUAUCUGGAGGUCCAAAGAUUUCCUAAACUACGGUCUAAGUUAGACUUCAUUUAAAUAACCGACCCAUGAUGUUCAUGGGUUCCCAUAUAGCGAACGUUCUUCAAUCCGGUCAUCCAGUAUCCCACAUUCCGCAUGCCGCAUUUUUGCACCCCGCAUCCUGCAUCCCACAUCCCGCAUUCCAUGCAUACUUUCAAUCCCGAAUCUCGCCCCCAUUUUUCUUUAAAGUCUCGAAUCCCUCCUUCAAAUAAGGCAAAUCUCGCAUUCCAGCCUGCGAGCAAACUCUCCGGGGCCCUCUGUUAAGUUAGUGCGUAAUAGCCAGUAUGGGGCGGUUGAAUGUAGGGCUGUCUUUCCUUAUAAGAAAACAGCGAACUACAUUUUCAAAACCAUUUUUAGCUCCUCUGAGUCUCGCCUUAAGGAAAGCAAAACGGAAACGUUUUGUUACAUUCUAGCCAGCCAAUCAGCCGCCUCACCUCAGCGCGCUGGGAUUGUUUGGAAACGAAACGUCCUAACUACGAAACGCGAUGAGAGGCGGUUGUAUUCUAUAUUACCUUCUUAUUUGCUGAUAUGUGAUGAUUUUUUGAAUUUCUUCUUAGUGGGAUUUAGCCGAUUUUGCGUGUCAGAUGCACUCUAUGAUUUCUGUACCAAUUUACGACACGCAUGGAGCCGAAGGGUGUGUGUACAUCAUAAAUCAUGGUAAGACCUCACAAAGCAGACAAAAGUGCGAUAAAAUACCGUAUUACUAGGACGAACACUACAUGAUAGUUCACUGAAAAGUAAGCAUUUUACGUUUGGCCCAGUGUCAAUUCCGAUUGGCUGGCCUAUUUUUAUUAUCUGAGGUCGGGACAAGACGACACAACUGUAUUCAAGUGUCAGUGAAUUUAACACGAAAAAACUCAUUUUGCGGAGACCUUUCAGUUUACCUCUCCCACAGGAGACGAAAACGCCAUUUCUGUGGGUUCAUCCGAACCAAGCGACAAAAGUCUGUGGCAUUUUACAGGGAAGAAGGCAGUACCUUACUCCUCAGUUUCUUUUGUUUUAAGACACUCCGUAAGGGUCGAUCCGGCCCCAGGGCAGUCGGAAAUCGUACCCCCACACCAUGUUAAACCCCGUGCUAAUGCAUCACAAUGCUUGAUCCACUAUUUUGAAGCAGGCUUACCUGAGCGGGACAUUUGAUGAUUUCUCUAAUAAGUCUCCUCUUAAUUUCAGCUGAUAUCGAGACAAUGGUGUGUAACGGGAACAAACUUCGAUUUCUUUUUGACAACGCUGAAAAGUGUAGUAACAUGAAAAAUAUUAUUAAAAUCGACGCGCCUGUAAAACCCGAAGAAAAGGAAGAAGCUGAAAAGCUUGGACUGAAUAUAGUUUACAUUCUCGAGGUAGAGGUAAGAUCCGAUUUCAUUAAAUUCCUUUCAUUAAGUCCUUCGAGCGUUUAGAUGUGAAGAGGAGAUAAUUAGGCCCCCAAUUCGUUUUUUCACAUAUCUUUUUCACCACCAUUUUAACCAAAACCUCGUGCCAGGCUUUAAUUAUCCGACUGUUCAUCAUCGAGUGUUUUAAAGAACGCCAAAAAGUAAUUAUCUUAGUCGUAUGAGAUGAUAAAGAAAGUUCCGGUGUUGGAAUAGUUUAACGCAAUUAACGUUUCGAGCCCAUACUGCAAAAUUAGGUCUUACCGGUCGGGGUGGAGACGGGAGGCUUGCGUCUUUAUGUAUUUAAAACUAGCGAAUGACCAUUAAACCUUCAGUGAUUGUCUUCUUUUAGUUCUUGAUCUUGCGGUAUAAAUGAGAUACAAGGAAGACAUGAUGGAAGUCUCUCCUCUUUAAGUUGCUGGUAUUUUGCGGUUCACAAGAAAUGACGAUAAGCCUUAACCUUGAAAGACCUAAAUAUAUAUAUUGUACUUAAUUAUGAUUUGAAAGCCAAAUUAAUAAUACACUGUUAAAUAUUCAUUUUGAUUUAGCAAAUGGGUGCAAACAGCCCACAAGAGAAAAAGGUGAGAAAAUUUAAGAAUUUAGCGAGUAAAGAGGCAAAUUUUGUAAAUCUGUUUCUUGGCAACCUGGCGAUAGGCUGUCCUCUCCAUCAAAAAAUAAAGUUACCUUAAGUCAUUCUAAUUUUCUCUUUCUUACAACAUUCUGUUUCAUUUCAAGUUUCCAGACGAUAUCUGUUUCCUCAGUUGGCUUCUUACUGCAUACUGUAGAAGCACGGUAACUCGAACUCUUGUAGGGAAAUGAGAAACAGUUGGAGUUAGCGGGUUCAAUGGAAUAUUCAAUUCGCCAUGUUAAUAAUUGACAGUUAAUUGAGUAAUGUAAGUCUAACUUGUACUGUAACAUAAGUAUACAGUGCAGUGCAAAUUAAACUUACUCAUUGUCAGAAACUGUAACACGAUUAUGCAUUUCGCCCACCGGUAUCCCGGAAAUUUCCGCUCGUGGAAUACGAAAUUUCUUGGCUUUGGAAUCUCUUAAACAGCUGAAGAAAUCCGGAAUCCCACUCACGAUUGCAAUCCGGAAUUCAAUUUCCACUAACAAUUUCUGGGAUCGACUAUUUACCUGGAAUUCAGAAUCCAAGACUGUCUUGGAUUCCCUUACAAGGAGCUAAUGCAUUCUUAUGAUAAUGCAAGAAAAUGAUCGUCAAUACUCGUUGGAAUAAUUAAGAACAAAUUGCCUUUGUGUUAGAGGGGAAUUCGAGUUAUCUGAGUAAAUAAAUAAUGACUGAAAAGAAAGGAAAAAUGGAAGGGAAAUAAUAAUGAUAAUAAAUAUAAUGGGACUAUAGUUUGAGUUUAGGGGGAGAGUUGAAGUUAUUCGAGUUCGAGUUACCUGGGUUCUACUGUAUUUUCGCACUUGUAUCUAUUUUUGAUACCAAAGUAGAUAAUUCUUGACAUGAGUUAAUGUACUAUUUAGACAGAAUUUCCUCAAGAAAUAAACACAAAAUUUGAAAUAUAUUUAUAGAAACAAACGCGUAUGCUUGCAACUUUGCACUUGAAUAUAUAUUUUAAAACAAUUUUGAUACAACUUUUGACGCUGUUUUUAAUUGCAGCCUGGAAAACCUGAUGACAUAUUAACCAUCUGUUACACCAGUGGAACUACAGGUUUUUAUUUACCUAUAUUGUCCUUGUUUCAGUAAAAAAAAAUCUGUGUCAAUUAUAGAGAGAACCGAGUCAAUUGCCUGACAUACAGUAAAAACCCAUGAGUAAGAACCUACAUUUUCCAGGGUUAGCCUAAACAGGUUCUUACAUAAAUGGUGGUUAACAUAAGUUUAGGCUCUCUAGGUUCUUAACAGGUUCUUAAUUUCUUACAAAAAAUUAUGUCGUUGCUAAGAAGAUUUUAGUGAUCUGCACCCUUAAAUUUGAAUACCUAAUGCAAAUAAUAAUAACCAUAAUAAUAUGACCAUAAUCAAGAGGAAACGAUCUAUCAACGCCAUAAUGGAGAUCUAUUCUCACAUGAAUUUUAAUUUCUUGAGUCAGAACAACUUUAUAUACAUGAUUGUGCUGUAAAACACAAUAUUAUAAACAUUUUCUCAAUGACCUCAAUCAAACAAAAUUUAUGUAUGUACUAACUUGCCUUUUGCAAUUGCAAUUAGUAAAUAUGUUUCAAUGAUUUUUGAACCUUUCUCCAAAUUUUAGGCUAAAGAGGUUCUUAUAUAGAGGAAGUCUAAAUUGCAAAUUUUUGCGUAACAGGUUCUUAAAUCUUAGGUUCUUACUCGUGGGUUUUUACUGUAACGUUUGACGACUGUAAAAGAGAUUUCCCCUUCUGAUUAUAUCAUAGGAAGAGAACGGAUCAUUAUAUGUUUCUGGGAAACUGCCCACCUGCCCCUCCCCUAAGCCAACAUUUUUCCCUAAGUGAGAAGUAGGUGUUAAUGUUGUCUUAGGGGAGGGGUAGGUGCACAGUUUCCCAGAAACGUAUAAUGAGAGAAAUGCCUCUUCUCGCCCCAUGUAAGGUAGUCCACGACAGUCUUCUGGAUUCCACGCUGUGGAUUCUGGACUCCAGGUACUGGAUACUGGAUUCCUUGUCAAAGGAAAUUGCACUUCGGAUUCUAACCUUAAGCGAUCCCGAUUCAGGACUCCUUGAGCUGAAUUUCCAGGAUUCUGGAAUUCAAAUUACCUUAUAUCCAGGGGUGACUCUUCUCCAGGCUCCUGUAUGAUCUGGGAUAAGAAAGCGUUGAUAUUUUCUCCGUACUAAGCGUUUUCCCUAUAACGAGAACUUGAGUCCCUUUUGUCCCUUUUUGCUGAAACAUUAUCUUUUUUUUCUCCAGGUACACCGAAAGGGGUCAUGAUAACCCAUGGAAACAUGAUUGCAAGCAUUGCCGGUCUUCAGAUGCAGUAUGACGAGGUUUGCAAAUUAAAUAUUGAACUAAAAAAUUAAGCCACUUCAGUUGAUUAGUUCCCACUGGAUUGUACCCUGGCGUUAACAAUGCGAAAAUGACUUAACAAUGCCGAUAUUGGCAAAAGUAAAACUCAAGAAACUUCCAAAGUUAGGUUCACUUCUAAUUCGAAGACCCAAGGUCGAACUUUACAUGAGACGAAUCGAGAGAAAAUAGAGACUUUAGAUUCUAAGAGGAGAACGACUACGAGUACGAGAUUUUCUUUAUACUGAGUAGUCUUCCCGCGUGAGGCUAGGCAGCGUCAAUUUGGCGGAAAAACGUGGUAUCCGUCCUAAUUCUACUACGAGCUUUAGCGAGAGUGUCGUAGUGGCGGGAACAAGUUAUCAAAUGUUAGACGUUUUAGCAUUUUGCAAUCAGGAGAGAGCUCAACCUCCUUCAAUAACGAUGACAGUGCUAACGUUUCUGGUGAAAAAAAGUACAAUGAUGAAUUCCCGGGUGUCUAUUUUUUGACAAUACGUGAAAAAACUUUAAAUCAAAUCACGUACUUGAAGUCGUUCUCGUCCUCGAAUCUAAAGGUCUCUAAUAGAAGGACAUAAAGGGAAACGCCAAGUCCAGCCCUUGGGAUAUGUGAACUUUGCCACAGUUAUUUUUAGAUCAAUUAAACGCUUGAAAUUAAGGUGGCUGAACACAGUUUUGGCAGUUUGUGAGUAUAUGUCACUUGCCAAAUCAUGGCAAGAGAAAGGUUGCAGCUCACAAGCUGAAACUUGGCAAGCGAAAAAUAUACUGAUGAAAGAUUUUGACUGAAAGGUAAAAUGAGACGUUUUCAUAGCUUCCACGGCAACAUGAGCGAUUGAAUACAACCUUAAAAUUUCACUUUUGCUCAGUUUACAUAAAAUUCGCUCAUUAGAUUUUCCUAUAAACUUGCAAACAGCUUACUAUAAUUAAUCAUUACCAUUUGAAACUUAUUUGACCAAAUUUUAACAGACAGGUUUUUAGAUAAUCAAUGAUAUAAUUGUACUGUAAUUAUUAAAUGUGUCACAAAAUUCGUCUGUUAAACUUCCAUUUUAAAGUUCUCAUGAUUUAAAAUACGAUAAAAGUAACAAUUCUGCCAAAUAUCACAAAAUUUUAAUGAGUAGAUUUUGAGAAAUCGUCGUCUGAGUACCAUUAUUUUUUUCGCCCCCAUGUUUGUUUGUCUAAUUUAAAACACGCGCCGUCACGCGAGGUACCGCUGACCGCCCACAAAACUGUGUUCAGCCACCUUAAUGGUUUCCGCAGAAGUCCGCAAACUUUUUAUCAGUGUCUUUUUUGGCAGCCCUGUGUAGACUUUAUGGUGUUACAUAAUGUGCGGACAUCUCAGGAAUUUCAAGUUCUAUUACAACCUCUAAAAAUAACUUCAGUGAAAUCCACAUAUCCUGGUCAACGCCCUAAGUGUUCCUCUCUGUACCAUCUCUCUUGGAAAUUGUAAUUUAUGGACCAAGUUUACGUUAAACCCAUCUUCUGGAUCAGACGUCGAAAUAAAGUAGCCUCGAACCAAUCAAACAUCCGAUCAUCUGAAGCAGAAGAAUACCCAGUACGUGUUGGUCGAUCCAAACUCAUUCACACCAACCUAAUUAAGACCGACAUCGACUUUUUCACGAACCUCAUCCGCUCUGGUUCGCCUCAUGAAAAGUUUUGACGUUUUGCCUUGGUCUAAAAACAUAGUAAAUGUUUGCUGAAACUCAGUAUAAAUGAUUAAGUAAUGAAAUUUAUAUCGCAAAAAAUUUGUCACUUGAAAAGUAUAUUAAGCAUUUAACGAUGGGAUCAAGUGGAUAUAUGGGUAUUAUGAUAAUUGCAAAUUUAAAAUGCUGUUUACAAAACCCUUCAUUAUCACGAGUUCCUUGUCCUAAUAGAUUCUAACAAGGUCAAAAGAACUUGUUUCACUUUUCUUGGCGAUAAUCACACCCGUGCGCACAUGUUCGCAGAAAUCGUUUUGCAGAGCGUAGAAAAAACCGCAGUUUCAACAAUACCAAAGCCAUACAGCUCCUACAAUGUACAUACAGCCUGCGAAUACAGCCGUCUGUCAGUCUUCUAGCGAGGGAAGCGCGGUCAAAGGAAGCGCGAGACGACUGGGAACGAGUCAGAGACGGCUGCAUCCACAGACUACUAUAAAUAUGCGUUUUAUACGAUAAUACAAGUAAAUUAAUGUAUGAGCACUUCCUAGAGAGCCCUUUGGUCCCAUCGCAUAUGAAUUAUGCCUUUUUAAGUGACAACAUUUUUACAAUCGAAUGAAUACUACAUAUUUACCCUUCAAAUGCACGAUACACUUGCUUUUUUCAUUACAGGCCGGCCUUGUAAUAACUCCAGAAGAUUGCUUGAUCUCUUAUCUUCCUCUUGCCCAUAGUUAUGAGCGAUUGGCUGAGGUACAAACUCUUUAGUACGUUCGUCUAACCAACAUUUAAUCCGCGGCCAUUUUCACGGCUGUUGAUGACGACAUUUGGCUACAUACAACUACCAGAAUAGGCCUUUUAAAAAAUACCAUAAUAUUCUUCGUUGUCCCUCCAAAAAUUUGCAUAAGCAUUGUUUUCAAUUUCUCUUGGGGCGAUUGUGGGUCCUAAGAGAAACUGACAACAAACAAUGUUUAUGCGAAAUUUUAGAGCGACAACAAAGAGCAUUAUGGUAUUUUUGAAAAAGGCCCAUUAAUUUGUUUUUUGCUUUCUUACCUAUAUUUGUCAAUCCUGCUGAGGCUUAAAAAACAAUAGCUCUAAUUUGCACAAAAACACAACAAACUGAAGGAUUAUGGUAGUUGUAGUAAGAUAACAUUAACGUCAACGUGUAAUUGUCCUAAAAGCAUGCGUAGCCGCGGCCAUUUUGCUCGGGAGGACCGAGCGCUUGCGGCGAACGCACGGUGAAGCCACGAAAAUGUGCAGCAAACUCGCGGUUUCGCUGCUCGCUCGCUCGCCCUCCCUUCCGUUCCCCCUUCCCGACAAAACUGCCAGCUAAGCAGGCGAAUAAUAAUAUUCCUCUUUUUUUUAGUUUCGGAGAAACGUUUUAAUAGGUCAGGAGGGUUUUUUAAUCAAUCUUAGUGUGUUUCUUUACUAUACAUAUUUCGCCGAAAACAAGACAAAUUAAAUUGUAUUUUAAUGAAUGGAAAAGACAGAGUAUCGUUUAUUUUAAUAUUUAAGGCAUUUGCUUUGGUUUUACCCUAAUUAUAUGCAGAAUUACGUUUUCGCAGAAAAAAGUACAACAAUCAACCUCGUUCCCAGGACUUUUUCCUUAGAAGAUGGAAGAGAAGGAAAAAGCCCGCCCAUUUUCUAAGCCAAAAAGUCCUGGGAAAGAGGUUGGUAUCUUUCUGAAUUCAAGUUUUUUAAUGACACAACUCAAGAUAUCAGCCAUCGUCUAUUACAUUUUUCUUUAGCAUAUGUGUUUCGUCAAUGGAGUUCGCGUUGGAUUCUUUAGAGGUGAUAUAAAGCUUCUCUUGGAAGACAUUCAAGAGCUAAAGUAAGUUCUACUCUUUAUAGUUAUUAGUUUUUGGUAGAUUUACCAAAAACUGCUUUGUCAUUCUACUAGGCUUCAUUUUUACAUAUUCAAAUAAUUAUUUCUCCUUUGCAGACCCACAAUUUUUCCUUCGGUUCCUCGACUACUCGGCAGAAUUUACGAUAAGGUAAUUAAACGAUCAUCAUCAUCAUCAUCAUUUUUUGAGGGGGUGGUGGGGGGUGGGAGGGAGUCACCGUUAUAUUUUCUAAAUUAAAAGCCCACAUGUAGCCUUGCCACAAGUAGACCUCACGAGUUAAAGGGAGCGGAGGAAAGUUUUUAGUUGUUUCUAAGCGAGCGACGAACUAGUCCUUUGUCCCGAGCCAUAUCAAAUCGGACGAAGGACUUUUUUGAAAGUGUACCCCGGCAUGGAAAACUUGCAAGAGAUACCGGCUCUAAUAACGUACUUGUAUUUCCACUGAUGAAUUGGGAAGGAACAUAACUUUUAAUUCAUAUAAAACAGAGCAUUUGCUCAUACUUCAGUUAUUAAACGAACAUUUCCUUCAAGUGGAAUGGAUGCAGGAUGAUAUUGCGGGACUGCUAGAGUUCGAUUUUGGCUAAGUUCACACUACACCGGCAAGAAAACAGGGGCACCCAACGAGAAUAUAGUUCAAAACCACUUAAACACAGCAUUGUUAUAGGCAUAUUUUUAUCCCCUAAAAAAUUUUUAUCUGUUCGGAUUUCCUAGCUGAAAGUCUAUUGAUCCGAAAAUUAUAGGGAUCAAAACUUACCUUUUCGAAAAUUUCAGCCAGAAAAAAGGCUCCCGAAAACUCUAGGUAACCAUUUUAGGGUAAAAAUCCGUUAACAUGGGCAAUUUUACCAUUUUUUAGAUGUUCGAAAAUCCUAGGAGAGGCAGGUAAGCAAAAAAUUUUACAACAAAUGUUCCGAAAAUUCUAGAUCUCAAAUCGUCUUCCGAACAGAUAUUUUCCCAAAAUUGACGUUGGGUGCCCCUGAGAAAGCCAUACUGGAUAGGGCUUCUGUUCACACGAGAGAACGGUGAUUUCGGCGCGAUUUCUGUACCAUAGCGAAGCUGUGCCGAGCCGAUCUCUAAAGUGGAGAGUCACAUAUCAGACAGGAGUUGAUACUACCUUAUUAUAGGAAACUAACGCUCCAUGGAAUUAACCCGAAUCGUUAAAAUUCGCGUUAAUUUAAUUCGCGUUAAUUUUGUUGAGCGUUAAUCUCCGCGACGUUAAUUAAGUGCAGCGUUAAAUUCCGCGCCCUUAAUUUCCAGUAGUUUAACCCCAAUUUUGGAACCUGUCCAGACAUUCUUGACACCUAAAAAACAUUAAAUACAAGCUUUCUUUCUUUCCAUCUACCCUCAAUUUUUCAUGUUUCACGAAAGCUAAGGCGAAGGUUUGCAAUAUUUCGAGUUCAUCUUCAUCGUUGUCGCUGUCAGAAGUGAUGUCAGCUCAUUUUUGUUCAGUUUUCAAUUUUUUUGCAUCCGGUGUCAAAAUAUAUUUGUUCCAGUUGUCACCAACAACUGUCUUAAGGUGGCUCCGUGAUUAACACAAGAGCAUUUAGCUGUGACAAAUUUUCCGUCAUAACUUUUUCGAUUUUAACGCAAUGGCUGCGAAACCUUGCAAAUAACAACAGAUAUCAUUCGGCAAUAAUACGAACUAUUCCGAUUUCAUUGAUGGUAAAUAUUUCUUGAGAAAUUAGCGCUUAAAAGGACCCUACUGUUCAAAGAAAAUCGCGUCUAGUAAAAAAUUUUGCUGAUAUUUUUUACUGAAAUUUCUGGUAUCGGCUUUAAUUGGUAUAAUAAAUAUGCCAGAGGAAUUUCAGAAAAAUCGUUGGAGCAGAAGUCCAUAACUAAAAGUCGGUCAAAAUUCAGCUGUGAAAUUGUUUUGGAAUUUCAAAAAUAAAUUACUAUCAGGAAGAAGGAGACACCAGUUUCAAUUUUCGGGACAAGCAACUUCAGUGUGUUUCCUGAUUCUGAAAACAGAAGCCGAUUGCCUAUCGUGCUAUUCUUCAAAAGGUAAUUUUCAGUUUUUAGAAGCACUAUAAAUUGCUCCAAACUUUGCUCUGACAUCGAAUGACUUGUUCCUCGACAUUUUUAAAAUAUCGCUUGGCAGUUUUGGUUCAAACUCCUGCUACACACAUUUUGAUGUAUUGCAAAGCAUCCCCAACGGCUUUUCCUGCUUUACGUUGUUUCCAAUUCAGGAAAAAGGUAUUGGGAUUGUAAGCUAUUUAGUAUCGAAGCUCAGAUAGAACUGUCCAGUACCUUUGUUUAUGACCAGAAAAUGAGCACGAGCGGCAGCUCUGCGAGGAAUUCACACCUCAGCCAGGGGGGACGAGUGACAAUGAUGCCCAUGUCUGUGAACCGAUCUGUAUAAACAUGUAUUGCAGAGCAAAACAUAAUAAUCAAGAAAAAAAUACCCAUUCAUUGAAGGAAGGAGUGACAAAAAUUUCAGAGUUGUAAAUUGAUUCACGGGCAGUAUUUUUGCGAUAAUUUUAUUUUGCACUGUGAUGUUAUUUGGUUCACAAGCAUGGUCAUCAUUGUCGUUCGUCCCCCCUGGGUGAGGUGCGAAUUCCACGCAGAACUGCCGCUCGUGCUCAUUUUGUAGUCAUAAACAAAGGUGCUGGACAGUUCUUUCUGAGCUCUGAUACGAGGUAGCGUCCAAUCUCAAUACUUUUUUCCUGAGUUGGAAGCAACGAACGGCAGUAAAAGUCGUUGAAAAUGCACGGCAAUACAUCAAAAUGUAUGCAGCAGGAGUUUGAGUCAAAACUGCCGAGGGAUAUUUUAAAACUGUCGACGAACAAGUCAUUCUACUUCAGAGCAAAGUUUGGAGCAAUUUAUAGUUCUUCUAAAACUAAAAAGUACCUUUCAAAGAAUAGCACGAUAGGCAAUCGGCUUUUGUUUUAAGAAUUAGCAAGCGUUGAAUUUACUUGUCCCGAAAAUUCAAACUGGUGGCUCCUUCUACCUGAUAGUAAUUUAUUUUUGAAAUUCCAAAACAAUUUCACAGCUGAAUUUUGACCGACUUUUAGUUACGGACUUCUGCUCCAACGAUUUUUCUGAAAUUCGCAGCCAUCGCGUUAAAAACCAAAAAGUUAUGACGGAAAAUUUUUCACAGUUAAAUGCUCUUGUAUUAAUUACGGAGCCACCUUAAUCGCGUUAAUUUCCUUUAUUAUGAAAUGCUACCUCCUCUUUCGCGUUAAUUUUCUUUAUUCGAAAGUCGUUUUCCAUUAAAUUCGCGUUAAUUUAAGUCGCGUUAAUUUCCAAUACCUUAAUUUCAUAAAGCGUUAACUUCCUAUAAUAAGGUAUAUCGUGUUGCUUUUGGUGUUUGCAGGAAAGGGCCAUCCAGUAUAGUAUGGACAUAACCUGCUAAAAUAUAGAGUUAUGAUAAAACUGCGCGCAAUAAUAUCCAUUAGCUAGAGACACCAGUCUGUUUACAUUGACUUGUUGUGUUCACACUGGAUUGACUUUUAAUUUUAGGUGAUGGCACAAGUGUCGCAAAGUAAAAUUAAAAGCCUUCUGUUUCGUAAAGCUUUGGCCUCAAAAGAAGAUUAUCUCAAAAGGUAAGAUUGCAGUAACUUCUAGGCAUUUCACGUGACGUCAUUUUUUUGGUGUGUGUGUGUGUGUGUUUUCUUAUGUGGUUCUAUACAGCCACGCGAAAGCUGAACCGAGUUCAAACCAGAAAACGAUAGGGAAGGGGGUGAGGGGAGAAGGAAAUGAAAAAACCGGCGGUUUUCUCCAUCACCGCCUCCCCCAAGCACUGAAAAAUCUGAAAAACGUGUAACUUGUUUUGCAACAUUCCUGAAAAACAAGUUGAAUAGCGAUAUUGCGCUGUUUACCACUGAAGAAUCAAACCUGUCUUGCAACAGUCAGGUUGCAGAUUUUUGCAGAAUCUACAUGUAGAGGAUAUAGUUCUGACUAUCUUUCGUAACAAAAUCUGUCAUGACAUUUUGCGCGUUUUACCGCAAACUUGUUUUGCAACAAGUGACGCAACAAUUUUAUCGAAUAAGAAGUCAGUAUUCGCGAAACAACCAACAACAACCUGAUUUGUUGCAAGACAUGUUAAGAACAUAUUUUUUGAAGUAACUGGUGUAAUAUAUUACAUAGAUUAACUGUUGGGUGUUCGGUUCUCCCCUUUCACUCUCUCUAAGCAAGUCUGCGCAGUUUGGACAAACACCGAUCGAACCAAAUGUAGAGAUGAUUAGUGUCUACAUUUAAUUUCCAGCGAAAAUAUUCUCUUUUACAGAUUUCAAGUACCAGCCGCACGCAUUACGUGAAUAAUAUUUUUUUAAUUACUACUCAUUAGCACUCUGACAUUCUUUUGUAAACCUUUCUAGGGGAAUAGUUACAGGAGACACAAUUUGGGAUAAAAUUGUAUUCAAGAAAAUUAAGGUUAGUUUUAUGGCAUUCUUAGUCUUCAUUAAAGGCUUUAUAUCGCAAAUGCAAGUUUAAAACUUGUUGCAAUUAACCUGCUCCGAGGACACAGCGUUAAAAACAGUUAAAUGCGGUCGCGCUGGAAUUUUUCUUUCAGAUAUUUUCCAUGCUCCGAAUCAGUUUUGCAUCCAAACCACUUUUCUUGCUACUCAAUUUUUUUUAGUUAUCGAAGCAGAGGUUGUGAUUAAUAAAAAUUAUACAAGUCAGAAAUCUUUGGCCUACAUUGGGGUAUUAUUUACAGCAACACCAGCCUUUUAGUAAGAGGCUCUUGGGCCAAUCUAGUGGUUGUCCGAAUAUCAUAUAAAAUAAGCAGAAACCAACCAGCAUAUGGAAGUAUAAUAUCAGGAAUUCUGCAAUCUUAUUGGAUAAUUAACGUUCGCCUUAUCUAUCGGCUGUUUUAACAAUUACAAACCAAUGGCAACUUUUUCAACAAAUCGCUUUUUUAAUUCGGGAAAAAAAAAAUCGGCCAAAAUAUAGAAUGAACAUUUUGAAUAGUAUAAAAGACAAAUGUGACAAGCAAGCGACUGUUGUUGGAUUCUCGUUGAAUAAAGGCUUGUUUUUUCAUAACUUUCGGUAUCUUCAUCAAAACUAUUCAAAGAAUCGAAGUUUGUAUGCUAUACUUUUGAAGUUGGUUUCCGGCUAUGAAAUAAGACUAUACUCGUUCUGACGUAAAAAGUCAACUUGCAAUUGGUGCUAGGCGCCUCGUUGACUACCGAAUAAAAGCAAACAAGAACAAGUCGUCUAAAUAGUCAAAUAGAUUUUGUAAUACAUGCUAUAUACAGUUGAACCUCUCUGCAACGGCCACCUUGGGUGCAGAAGAAAGCCGUGGCCGUUAGCGGAGGCUCGACAGUAUAUUUUCUUAAAUUUACAGGUUCUCCUUGGAGGGAAAGUUCGCUUGAUCACAACCGGUGCAGCACCUCUGUCGGCAAAAGUCAUGACAUUCUUGAGAUGCGUCUUCGGAUCUUGUCACGUAAGUUUGCCGCAGUUUUUAAGCGUUUGAAAUGCUAUACUGUAGUGAGGGUCUGGAUGACAACUGAAGGAAGCCCUUAGUGACCAUUUUUGAAAAGCCUGUUUGAUCUGACCUGUAUUUUUAUACCAAAUCUCCUGGCACGCGAUUAUUCUUUAUUCAAGUUGAUUAUAGUUUUGACUGUAGCUAAAUUUAGUUCAAAGAGAAUGAAACCAGCUGUACAGCUACUCAUCAAAAAACAGCCAAAAUUAUAAUUGACAGCUAAAUUUUGUAACAGCUUAUUCAGGGACUCUCUAAUCGCUUAUAUCUGUUUUUUUUCCCUCGAAAUUCACGCUUUUGCAAGUAACCCAGUCCAUGGUCUUCUCGUUUUCCAAUAUGGUAGCCCCGCAACAAAAUAAAGGGCUCAGCUUAUGAUGUGACGACAGUAGCACCAUGAACAUAUCAAUUCUUCUCUUUUAGAGGGUCUUUUACUUCCUCAUAUCCUUUGAGAGAGUACGUUACGUUACGUGUCUCCAGUUUCGCGUGUUUCGCGUGUGAGUUACACUGCACGAUCCCAUUUGCUUUUCUCUUUCAGGUUUUAGAGGGAUAUGGACAGACUGAAAGUUCGGGAGCAGCGACCAUAGGCAAGAUUACAGAUACAACACCAGGUCUGUAUGAGAGGGAGGGGAGGGAGGGGGAGGGUUAGGUGAUGCGUCAAAAGGUAACUUUCAUGAUACUUCGAUUCCGUAUUCUGAUCCCGUCAAAUACUCAAGAUAGAAUAGAUUAUGGGUAAUAAUUAUACUCUUUAGAACAAGGUACAAUUUUGAUAUUAGGAAAGGAAAACGCAUAUUUUAAUGUGAAAUAAGGUAACUGGAGAUUCACAUAUAUCUGUGUGAAAUAGAGUAGAUGUUUGUUGAAGCUUGCCGCAUUUUCCCGGAGUAGCCCCUCUGGGCUUACAGUCAACUAUAGCAUCCUCGAGGUCACUCCUGCCAUUAGGCAACGAUGCACUGGGAACAUGCUACCGGAACAAAUCUGGGUGUCCUCCAGUGUGUAACGACCUUUUGAAUUGAGGGCAAACCCGCUAAUUAGAAAGAUUACCAAAUUCAUUUGCGCUUAAUUUACGAUGGAAGGUGGUCGAGCAAAGCUUUUGGAGAUAGGCGUCGUGUAGCCUGGGUAGCAGACGUCGUUUUUUAAGGGUGUAGAAAGAAAUCUCGAGGACGCGUGUUCCCCUCUCGCGACCUGUAAUAGAAUAACCGGCGCCUGCUUGGCAAGCUCACUUGUGCGAGUUCGGGGCAAAACUGGCGCGAGAAAAAGUGAUUUUUCCAGAACCGGUACAAGUGAGCGUGCUGACAGGUUAGGCUAGGCGUCGCGGGCGACUUGGCGAACUUUUGCAGAGGCUUGAAUUAGCGGCCGAAGUGAGGGGUGUGCUAGGGAUUUUAGAAUUCAUGAAAAGAGAUUUGGCGGCAGCUCAGCGAGGCUACUCCAACGAGAAAAUUUAACAGUUACAAAUGUCGCCCUUAUCGCAUGCAAAGAUAGGUUGCAACCAAGGGCAAUAAUUAAAAUAUGAGAACUAUUUCAUUAAACGCUAGAAAACAAUUCGGGCUAAGCUUAAAACGAAGGUAAAGACUUUUUUGUACAAUAUUCACACUGCAUACCCAUUGUCCCGACACGGGGAACUAAGUUAUUGGAGGAAACCGCUACUGCCAGGACAACGGGCAUGCCGAAUAAAGAGGGAAUGUUACGUCACCCGCCACAAAGGGAGGCAAAAGGAGCGAAACUUUUUAGUCUCUUCCACUGAAGUCCGUUGAACAGGCCGAGAGGCGGGUAAAAACCAAGAAAUUCUAAGCAAGGGCCCCAGUGCAUCGUGCCACUAGAGCGCAGGCCCAACACGAGGAAAUUUCAAGGAGUUAGGUCUAUUUCCGGCGUCACGAGUCAAUUAUGUAUGUAGUGGGAAUAGUUCUUCGAGUUUCAUCGCUCUGUGCGUGAAACUCGAGAAUAAAAAAUUUUCUUUACCUAUUAAGUCUUCUGUACAUAUUUUAUUUCAACCAAUAUCAGACUGAGCGUGUCAAACCACUCUGAACUCAUUUGAUUUUAGGACAUGUUGGUCCUCCCCUACCAAGUUGUCUGAUCAAGUUAGCAGAUGUUCCAGAAAAGGAGUGCAUCGCUGCCAACGGUCGAGGGGAGGUAAGAUUUGUCAAGUCUCCAUUGGUAAAUGAAAAAGAAGCUACGUAUUUUUGUCUUGGUAGAUGGAAGUAGAAUUAACUACCGUGACAUAUUAUACAUACGUUUUCAUCUGAAACCUCUUUUUUCUAGGUUUGCAUUAAAGGACCAAUUGUCUUCAAAGGCUACUGGAAAGCUCCAGAAAAGACCGCUGAGACGAUUGACAAAGAUGACUGGCUCCAUACAGGAGAUAUUGGUGAAUGGCUUCCGGUAAACUAAUGAAGUAGAUUUAGCUAAGCCUAAAAGAGUAGCUCCUGCAUAAAACUGAGACGUUUCUCAAUCACUGAGUGAAUUUUAAACGGCAUUGCAGAAAAUAAGCGUUUAAGCUCAUGUGCAAGAGAACACAAUAUAUUUUCUUUUGACUAAAUUUUAAACUAAAUACCACAUCAGUAACAUUAUUCCUUGAAAUCGAGUCAAUAGUAGCAGAAUAUUUACUAAGCCGCUGCCUUUAUUCCACUUUCAGCUUUUCCGAUGCUGAGGCGUUUAUUUCAAAAUCACUCUUCUUAUGUAAAACAGAAAGAUGUUUAAAGUUCUAAUGUCUCUCUUAUUUUGCUCUCAUAGAAUCGUAAUUUUCUGUUCUGGAUGGCUUAGAUUACCAACAAUCAAUCAAAGGCAUUUACUCAAGGCGUAAAAACAGUAAUACAAUCAGACUUUAUCGAAUUUUAUUAUAUGGCUAUAAUAGUAAGCGCGCUCUGAUUAGCUGUUUUUUUUAUACUACUACAUGAGAAAUUUCUGCAAUUUGAUUGGCUUAGAGCAGUGGUAUUUCAGCUUAAUUUGAAAUACCUAAAUGUGAAAAUUACAAAACUUUUGUGGGUAGUAGUAUAAACAAAUAAUAGCAUGAUUUGUACGUGAUAUUUGGCAUAAAUAUGAUAGGUGUCUAACGUCGUGAAAUUUCGUAUAACAAUUUUGAAAUAUCGUGAUAUUUAUGCCAAAUAAUCUGUGUUUAAUGGCCGGGCUUGAGGUGUCCGUGGACAUCUGUGUUUAACUUGAUAGUGGACAUCCUUAUGAACAUUCAUGUUAUAGUCAGUUUGCAGCUGUCAAAAAGGGUAUCCGCUGACCACUGUCACCUGAUUGUAACACGGGCUCAAGUGAACAACUAAUUGGGGUGACGUGUUUUUAAAAGUUUUCCGCCGACCAGCUUUUAGUUUUAAUUGAUCGCAGGCUCAAUUCCAUAAUGAAAAGGCCAUUUAACCUCGUCUGUUCGUUCAUUACAGGGAAAUCUCAGACCGAAUCACCAAGGCCUCGGUCUGAGAUUUUCCUGUAAAGACCGAACGGACGAGGUUAAUAAGUAGUAUAUCAUGUAUUUGUACUGUUUAAACAUUUUUUUUUCUUUUCCAGACUGGUGUAUUGAUGAUCGUUGACCGCGUCAAACACAUUUUUAAGCUUGCUCAGGUAAGGUGCAGUGAUUUUACCAAAGGACUCACUAUUGCUGUUACUGUGUUUUUAUUUUCAUGAAGUAUUACAGCAGCUGAAAACUAAUAUUUAUACACAUUUUCACUUCGAAAGGCUUCUUUUUUGUGAUAGAAUAUGCUCUAAUUACUAAGCCAUUGUGCGAGAGAGCUAUCAUGUAGGUUAAAAAGUCAGACUUAUUUUUGGGGGGAUUUUGUUAUCUUAUGUACUCCUAUGUUUGUGAGUUCCUUGAGAGAUGAAUUCCCUCGCCGUAGCAAACCCCGGUGACAGAUGUUUUCGUUUUCCGGCUGUCAUGUUGGUAACCAUCCGGAUGGCCAACAACAAAUCUCUAUAAAUUUUGGUAAAAUAUUUCUCUGGAUAUCUCGCAUAUGAAAAAUUGCACUGAACUGAAUCUUGGCAAGGGUCUUUGCAUAUUUACCUAGUUGAAUGGCGUGACACUGAAAAUCAGCCAUUCACCUCCUUUAGGAAGAUGGUCUUGAUAUUAAGUUAUAUUUUUCAUGUAAAUAAAUCAGGGGAUAAACACGUACAAAAAUCUUUAAUUGCUUCAUUAUAACAAAAACAUUUUGAAGUAAUGAGAUACUAUUCCUUUUUCAAAAUGUUUGGAUUUUUAAAAUUUUGUUAAGGGUGAGUACGUGGCACCAGAGAAGAUUGAGAAUAUUUACAUGCGAAGCCCUCUUGUGGCCCAAGCGUUUGUACAUGGUGACAGCCUUAAGGUAGGUGAAUAAUCCCUGGGGGUAAGUUACCAAUUGAAAGUUAUAUACGGGGAAGCUUUGCCCCGAAGCCCAGCCGCCCCUUUUCUCCUUUAUAUACCAUUUUUGGCAGAAAAGGUACCCCUUUCGUACACCUUCAGUAGGCUAUAUAUAUAUAUAUAUAUAUAUAUAUAUAUGCUCCUGAUGAUACCUUCUAUUAAACUGCUGUAAAUGCACUGUCUUUAAAAUAUGAAUAGACCUUGUCACGGUUUUCGACACCAUCUUGAAGAGUAGGCAAACGUGUGAGAAAUUACAGUGUUUGUAUGAGAAUCUAAUGUCGAAUAAUUUCCGUAAAACGCCUGUUCUGAAAAAAUAUCAAUUUUAUUGUAAACUAAAGCUACAAAGCAAAGGAUUGCACUAAAAAAAACUUGGGGACGUACCUGUGCUUAAAUUUCUCCAGAGGCUUGCUUUAGAUUUUUCAUAUAUUUGUCUGUAAUUUUUCCCGGGACUUCCUUACAGACAAAUGUAUAGAAAAUUUAAAAAAGUGGUUCUAAGUCUUCUAGCGCAUGUAACGCCCUCAAUUUUUUCAGUAGAAUCCUUAGGAGUGAAGCUUUAGUUUACAAUUGAUAUUUUUUUCAGAACAGAGGUUCUACGGAAAUUAUUUCGACAUUAGAUUUUCAUACAAACAUUGUAAUUUUUCACGCGUUUGCCUACUCGUCAAGAUGGCGUCGAAAACCGUGAUAAGGUCUUAUACACCACAAAACCAGAACGUUUUUACGAUUUUUUCUACAUCCAUAAAAUGCAUCUGUUAGCCCUUUUGGGCUUUUUGACAGACUGAAAUGACAGAUUUCCCUACCCUUUCAUAUACUUAACAAGUGGUAUCCCUACCCUUUCAUAUACCUGAAGGCUGAAAUAGGUACCCCUUUCGGACGGAGCCUCCCCUUAUAGGCCAUUAUAGGGAGUACCCCCGGGAAAAAUCUCGCAGAAUACACUUCAAAUUCAAAUUCGAUUUUUCAAUGAAGGCAGUAUAAAAAGAAUUCUCGCAACUGUUUGUAAAGACCCUGUAAAAGCUAUAAUUGAAAUACAUUACAGAUGUACUAGAUAAUGCACUGAAAAUGGUCGUCAAACAACAAGACACCACCAGCAACUAUAACUCACUAGCAAUAAAAAGAUAUGGAUUGAUCUAUUUCCUCUCAAGUGCCAGUUAUCUUCCGUUUUCACCUCUUUUCCCAAUACUUGUUUCGUUGACGAGAGGUCGCAUUCUUGAAAAAGCAUGAAUACGCCUUUUUGUCGUUUACCAAGAUCCGAGCAAACCAAUGUUAUUGUUCAAUGAUAUAAACUUAGAAGGAUUUGGCGUUAGUUGGAGUUCAAGGGUCUAUCUAUUAUAAUUAGUGCUUCAGAUUUAUUUGUGUCAAUUGGGUGGGGUCGCAUCGGCCAGGGUCGCGUAAAUGAGUUAAUGGACGCGCUGAAAGCGGUCGCGUUUCCUAAAACAGGUGAUGGGACAAGGCAGGUUUUUUUUUUUCAAUUUCAGUCGUAUGUUGUAGCAAUCAUCGUUCCAGACCAAGAGACUCUGGAGCCCUGGGCACGAAGUAAGAAAAUCCCAGGAAACUUUGCAGACCUUUGCGAAAACGAGGUAAGAGCACGUACUCCUAAACCUCAGGUUUCCAUGUAAACUGUAAUGGAAUGUCACAACCUGCAAUACGAUCUGAAGCCGUCUACGCUGCUCAUAUUCAGACGAUCCUAGAAAAGUUAACAAAUAAUCCCAUUUAUCACAGCGAUCGCAGACAUGCCACGUUUGUUUGACUUGAUUUCAGAAAAUAGCACCAAGCGUAAGUCUGCGAUGUGACGUAGCCAGUAACCAGAUUGCCUAGCGUUCCAGAUCUUAUGGAAAUCAGGCUUCGUGCAACUGCAGGACUAAAACCCUCAGCCUGUCUAUCGACACUUUGCGACGUCUACUUAUUUAUUUAUUUUUUAUUUUCUUAUUUAUUAAUUAUUAUAUAUAUAUAUUUUUUUUCAUGACAGUCCGGCAAGGCAGCACCCAUUAGUUUCCUAUUUGAUAUUCCUCCCCUAUUGGCCACAAACAGUUGCCUCGAAGACCCCGUCCACGCACGUAUCCUGAUAUUUUUAAAUCCGCAACUUUUUCUUUCCGGAUACGGCUUCCUUCCACACGCAUUUGGUGAAUACACCAUAUGAAUACGCAGUUUUUUGAAUCCGCUCUCCAGAGUGGAAAUUUUUGAAUACGCCGUGAAUCCGAAAUCGUGUGGACGCUAUAUCCGGAUAGUCUUCAAUCCUAUGACGUAACAAGAUCGAUCCCAGUUCUUUACUGUGAAAGGCAGAGCAAGAUGCAAAUUUCGUGCGCCUUACGACGCAUGCUCUGUUGCCAAUAUUCCCAGAGGAGUCCUUGGUACUUCAGUUAAUCCGGAAGCGUGUUGGAUACGUGUGGACAGGCAAAUUCGAUUUGAAUCCGGAAAUGUGUGGACUUGGCAAUUUUUGAAUCUGAAAAGAAAAAGGUGCGGAUUUAAAAAUAUCCGGACACGUGUAAAUAGUUGCACAGGUUGAUACACACUUUCAAACAAAUUAACUACUACCCGAGUCUCUCGACCAGGAGACAAAAGAACAGAUCUUGCCUGAAAAGGGAGUUUUCCAUUCAUUUUUCCAGGAGGUGAAGAAAGCAAUCUUCGACGAUAUUAUUCUGAAAGGCAAGGAAGCCAAACUGAACUCUUUUGAGCAGGUUUGUACUUCAUCAGCUUUUAAAGAAGGGAAUCAUUAAUGAGGUCACUCAGAAAAGCUCUUCAGCCCUUUUUCUCAAAUAGUACAUAUCACAUUUCCUCGAAUAAGUGCACACGCUCUAAUAAGCGCUCUUCCCCAAUUAAGCCCCCACCCCCCAGGCCAUAGUGUCAAACAAGCGCCCCUCUCGAAUAAAGCCCCCCACAGCCCCCAACUCCCUUCACUUUCUCAAAUAGUAGAGAUGCAAGACGAACGCGAUAAUCUGCAUAUCAUUUACGAGGAUGAUCUCGAGGAAACGAGGUUAACUAUAUUUUAAAAACAUGCAUACCGAUGGCAUUAGCGUGUAAAGUGUAUUAUGAGAGUACGGUACGCGUGAUUACCAACCUGGUUUUGCAAAAGCGCAUCUCUUACUGCGCAUAAUAAGAUGGCCACCGCAAAAAAGAGUGUCUAAAGUAACAUCAAAUGAAGAUGACUGAAGAGAAACUCUAUUGGAAUUUUUGCUUGCGGUUGUCUCUUGCCGAGGUGAGACUCAGUGUGUUGGGAAUGUGCAUAACGCAAGCAGUACGCGUGUUACUGAGUUCGACUUCCUCAAUGAGAACCUCGCCGAGUGGAUGUUAAACUUGUACUUACUCACUUUAUUUUCAUUUAAACGCUUUCUUUAUCACAUUGUGUCCUAACUGUGAUAUAUCGAUUUAAAUUCUGUAAAAACGGAUUUUUUUAUUACUUUCUUUCCCCUUUCACAUACAUGCCAUUUUGAACCUCGCCCCAGUCAUCUCUCAAAAAUCGGAGAAAACGCAUUUGGUGCGCACUUUCUGCAGCUCUGCCGCAAAAACGAGUACGGUGCACCCCAUUUUUUAUUUCAAGAUUUUAAUAUGGACAGUGCUUCCUUUCGACAAGAAAAAAAUUGGCACAACUCUAUGUUAAGUUUUUUGACAAUUUUUCUAAAUUGUACUGAUUGAGCUAUCACGGGUCGAAUAGCGCGUGUCCAAUUUAAAUCCACUUUGCGCGUAAAGUAAAAACAAGGGCAUUAAAAGGCAUUUUUCUGGUACGUAAGUGGAUAAACAAUACAUUAAAGUCAAAUUCUAUGCGAUAUCACAUUCAUCAUCGAAAAAAUCUCUCCUUUUUGUCUAGUUUUGGGCUGAGCUCGGUUUUUGUCAAAAGGUCAUAAAUAGCCGUAUUUGUCAGCAUUGUGACGUCAAAAUAAGCACGGUGACCCCCACUUUUUAUUACUCUUUUAUCAUCUUCUUGACUUGUUAUAUCAGUGUACCAAGUUUCAUCUGCAAUCUAUGUUAGUUUCUUUUACUAGGGAAUCACCUUAAAACUGAUCAUUUGAACUCGGCUUUUUCCUGUCCUCUUACUAACUUUUCUCAUUUGUCUCCGCAGGUUAAAGCCAUCCACAUACACAACGAACUGUUUUCUAUUGAAAAUGGAUUCCUUACGCCCACGUUCAAGACAAAGCGACCUGUAGUCCAGAAAGCCUUUGAGGGAAAAUUCCAAGAGUUAAACGCGGAAGUGGAUAAGCGAGCGCAGUACGUGCGCUCGCUAAGUACGAUCUGAAGUGUUCACUGAAAAAGGGCCUGACAUGGGAAUUGUUCUUUCCCGUGAUUUUGAGCUUCGAUUAAACAGAGAGGAUUCGUCUCCGUUGAAGAAUUUCAUGUUAGUGAAGUCGCUAGGAAGACUUGAGCACGAUAAUUGACAUCAAAUAUUCAAUCUAUUUAUCACAGUUUGGACCAUAAAAUUGUAUAUUCUUGGAGAACCUCGGGUAGCCGGGGCAAUCCGGAGUUGGGGCCCACGGGUUAAAUCGUAGCCUGGGGAGAAAACAGCCGACAUUCCGCUACGCCAUCACUGGUUUUUCCACGUGAUGACUUCUGAGGAACGAUACUGAUGACCUGUCACUACCCAGAUCUCGAUAGUGCUUCUCACUGGUUGAAAAUUUGCUACCCCUAGUUAAAAUUUCGGCGCUCGUUCCAGGCUUAGACGUCAUUUCACGGGGAAAACAAUGGUGCAUCGCGAAAUGUCGGCCCAGAUUUCCCCAGGGUAUAAAAUAGUCCAGUUUCGAGUUCGCUAUACCGCUGAAUUAAAGAACUGAAGACGCAUUUUUUACAGCGUUAGCCUCCAUCUGAAGUAAUAUAUUCGCAACUCCAUCGAGAAAAAGACCUGUUUAUUACUCUGUCUAUUGUGUAUAUGCAAAUUCCAAACACUUACUUGCCGGAAUUUCUGAAUAUUUCACUUUACGUCGAGGCUAACCCUGUAUGAAUGUGUCUUUAAUGUUUGUAUUCAGCGGUAAUUUUUAAUUCGAAAGGAGACUAUUUUGCAGCGAGACGAAAGUUUAUAGAUCAUCUCACCCUGACUGACUGCUUCUUGAUGCCAGUAUUAUUCCUGCAUGUGCAAAGGUAUUUAUAUAUUCAUAUAUUCCCAUAUAAACGCUUUAUUAAAGUAUCAUGUUCGUGAGGCUGGGUAUGCUGUCCAGUCCUAUAGAAGCCC